GUCCAUAGGCCGUGAAACGAGACCCCAAAAACGCCUAAAAUGAGUUUUGCACCGCACAUGUGAGAACUAAAUAAAUUCUUUAGUUUCGUAUCAAAAUGAACGUACUGAACGCAUUAUGGCUUGUUACUAACGAAAGGUGUACAGUUCACCAUGACGCAAAAAAUUGAAUACUGUAUAAGGGGAUUCCCCCAAGAUCAAUACCCAGAUCUGCUUAGUCAGACAAUGAUUACAAGCAAUUUGUUUCGAAAAGAACCGAACAGAAGAAUACUUUCAAUACUACGCCCUAUUUCAGAGAAGUACACUCAUUUUGGAUAUCAGCAAGUUCCAGAAGAAGAAAAAGCAGAAAGAGUUCAUGAUGUGUUUGCAAAUGUUGCUAAAUCUUAUGAUGAUAUGAAUGAUGCCAUGAGUUUUGGAUUGCAUAGGAUAUGGAAAGAUGCGUUCAUGAGAUAUCUUAACCCUGGUCAUAAUCUUUCUCUACUAGAUGUAGCUGGUGGUACAGGUGACAUUGCCUUUAGAUUUUUGAAGUACAAUUCUGGAACUGGUUUGCAAAAUUCUAGCAAUCGAAAAGUUACAGUUUGUGAUAUAAAUCAAGCAAUGCUUGACGUCGGGAAGAAGCGAGCAGGAGAUUUGGACAUAGACACGGGAAAGUUGUCUUGGGUUUGUGGUGAUGCUGAGAAAUUGCCAUUUCAAGAUAAUCUUUUUGAUGCAUACACUAUUGCAUUUGGCAUUCGAAACUGUACACAUAUACAGAAGGUACUUGAAGAGGCAUACAGAGUCUUAAAACCUGGUGGACGUUUUCAAUGUUUAGAAUUUAGCCGAGUAAACCAUACAAUACUCCGCAGAUUAUAUGAUGCUUAUUCAUUUCAAGUUAUUCCUGUAAUGGGGGAAGUUAUAGCAGGAGAUUGGAAAUCAUACCAAUAUCUAGUAGAAAGCAUUAGACAGUUUCCAGAUCAGGAAACAUUUGCAGAAGCCAUAAGAAAUAUGGGUUUCAAGUCGGUCGAAUAUUCUAAUAUGACUUUUGGUGCUGUUGCAAUUCAUUCAGGAUUUAAAGUUUGACAUUCGACCAAAUGCUGAUCGCACUGAAGUAUGAUCAUUGUUGUUUCCUAAGACAGGAUGCAAAAAAUGAUGGAAAUGAUUUUGCAGAGGCUGCGUUGACUAAAUGCAUUAAUUCACAGAAAAAUUGAUGAAUUGUGACAGCUAUGCAUUCUUUUUAUAUUUAUAAAUAAAUGCAAGCAAAAAUACUGGCUAUUGUUGCUUGAGAGCAGUGGUUCCCAACCACCGUGCCAGUGUGCUGCGGAAUGAUUUCGGUAUGCCGCGAAGAGAUUUCAUGUUUUAAUUUAUUUCAAGCGAUUCCAAUUGCCCCACUGCUCUUGCUAACAAAAAGAAACGACAAAUUUGAGGAGUCGGUAUUGUUCCAAUUUUGAGUUUUGCAUUAAGCGGACCAACACCGCUUCGUAAAAUUGAAAAUGUGAAACAAGGUAACAAAUUAUUGUGCGAAAUGUUUGUCUUUAACAUAUGUCACGAUAUAAACUCAUAGUUCUCCCAGAAAUAUAAAGCCAAACUUUAACGUUCGCCGUUGUGUAAUAACUGGUUCUUGUAGAAAAGGGCGCUCCCGAAGUAUGUGCACCAAUAUGGCACAUAACCCGGUACACUUACUAUGUUGAGGCUCUGCACCAUCUUGGUGCACAUACUU